UCCACCACCUCACGCUCGCUAGCUCGCCUAUAUAAGCACGCCCGCUUUCUUCUUCUUCCUCAGACAUUGUGUUGGGCAAGAACAAGAAAUUACAUAGAUCGAGCGGUGGCUAGCUACCAAGUACUCUUAUUAUGACAUCAAGCUCCAAGAGCAUGAUGGCCCGGAUUGCCCCGCUCCUGCUGGUGGCGCUGCUCUCCCUCGCCGUGCAGCCCACGCCGUCGGCGGCGUGCCCGUCCUGCCCCAAACCAAUUCCUCCUCCGCCACCUCCGCGUAAGCUGACGCCUCCGUCGUCCGUGCCCUGCCCUCCGCCGCCGCACUCUCCUAAGCCUACACCGCCGCACAAGCCUACCCCCACGCCGAAACCGCCUCACACGCCACCGCACACCCCAACCCCCAUGCCUACACCGCCGCACACGCCCACCCCCGUGCCCACGCCGCCUCACACGCCCACCCCUAUGCCCACACCGCCCUCCCCAAUCGCUCCUACGCCAACCCCAGUGACGCCGCCGUCUACACCGCCGCACACGCCCACCCCAGUGCCCACGCCGCCGCACACGCCCACCCCAGUGCCUACGCCGCCGCACACGCCCACCCCUAUGCCCACACCGCCCUCCCCAAUCGCUCCUACGCCAACCCCAGUGACGCCGCCGUCACCUAUUGUUCCAUCCCCGACACCGUCACCACCAUCGGGCAAGUGCCCAGUGGACACGCUGAAGUUGUUGGGGUGUGUGGAUGCGCUCAACGGGUUGGUGCACGCGGUGAUCGGCAGCAGCGCAAGCGACACAUGUUGCCCUCUACUCGCCGGUGUGGCCGGCGUUGACGCUGCACUCUGCCUCUGCACCACCAUCAAGCUCAAGGCGCUCAACAUCAACCUCGUGCUGCCCAUCGCCAUCCAGGUGCUUGUCAACCAGUGCGGCAAGACAGUGCCUAGCGACUUCCAAUGUCCUGCCACGCCGCCAUCCCCUGCCACCCCACCGCCUGCCCCUGUUACUCCUUCGCCUACACCGGUAACGCCGCCAUCUCCUGUGAUUCCAUCACCGCCUGUAACACCACCAACUCCUGUCACUCCUUCGCCUACACCGGUAACGCCGCCAUCUCCCGUGAUUCCAUCACCGCCUGUAACACCACCAACUCCUGUCACCCCUUCACCUACACCAGUAACACCGCCAUCUCCUAUCACUCCACCACCGACUCCGGUAACACCUCCAUCUCCUGUGGCCCCUACCCCAGUGCCAGUUACACCGCCACCAUCACCUCCGAUGGGCAAAUGCCCAGUUGACACACUCAAGUUGCUGGGGUGCGUGGACGCACUCAAUGGGCUGGUGCACACGGUGAUCGGCAGCAGUGCCAGCGACAGUUGUUGCCCGCUCUUGUCCGGUGUGGCCGGCCUCGACGCCGCGCUCUGCCUCUGCACCACCAUCGAGCUCAAGGCGCUCAACAUCAACCUCGUGCUUCCAAUUGCCAUCCAAGUGCUCGUCAACCAAUGCGGCAAGACAGUGCCGAGCGACUUCCAAUGCCCUGCAACGUCGCCGCCAUCGCCGACACCGGUAACACCACCAUCCCCACCAAUAAUGCCGCCCACCCCUGUUACACCGGUAACUCCGCCGUCACCCACGCCAAAAAUGCCACCAACACCGGUUACGCCGCCGUCUCCUGUGGCGCCGGCCCCAGUCCCAGCGACGCCGCCGCCAUCAUCGUCAACAGGCAAGUGCCCCAUCGACACCCUGAAACUGUUGGGGUGCGUGGACGCGCUCGACGGGCUGCUGCACGCGCUAAUCGGCAGCAAUGCCAGCGACAAAUGUUGCCCGCUGUUAUCCGGCGUGGCUGACCUCGACGCAGCGCUCUGCCUCUGCACCACCAUCAAGCUCAAGGCGCUCAACAUCAACCUCGUGCUGCCCAUUGCCAUCGAGGUGCUCGUCAACCAAUGUGGCAAGACAGUGCCCGACGACUUCAAGUGCCCUAGUUAAGCUCCAUCAAGUACUAUAUAUAGUGCUAUGAGCAUCACCUUCAUCUGCAAGCGAUACACCCAUUAAAUCUCUUGUGAGGUCACUUAUGUAAUAAUAUGUACAUGUGCAGCUCUAACUACUUGUGAUGUGGAGCUGUGGAACAUGCAUGCAUUUUGUUAGUGUAAUUGUCUAUCAAAUAGUAACCGUGUAAUGUUUUAUCAACUGAGGUCUUCCAUUGGUUUGUAGCGUGUUUUUUUUCUUUUAAAUAAAUAAUACGUUUUGCACUGUGUAAAAA